AUGGCGACCGCAAUCCCCUCAAUAGCGUGCAUUGGCGUGAUUGGCCGAAAUAACAACCCCCUUCACACGUCCAUCUUCCCCUCCUACGACCCCUCUACCAACAGCUACCGCCCCGUCCGGACACCCCUCCAAUUCUCCCUCAUCCUCUCCAGCACCCUGGACGUCUUCGAGCUGAGGUCCCGCCAGAAUGCAGCCGCCGGCGUGGGGCUAACAGGCGACUUUGGCCUCCUGCACGCCGUCGACGACCGCCUCGCCGCCUACGGCUUCGAGACCAACACGGGCACCCGCUUCGUCGUCAUCGUCGACAUGCGGGGUCGGCGCAUCGAUGGUACAGUCGCGGCAGGCCUGGCCGACGGGAGAGACAGCAAGAGGAUCGCCGGCGCCGCGGCGGGCCUGCGGGAGGGCGAGAUGAGGCCCGUGUUCAAGGCCAUGCAGACGGCGUACAUACGGCUGAUGCAGAACCCUUUCUUCGAACCGGACGAACAUUCACCGCCUGCCGGACACGGUGGCAAGAAAAUUACGAGUAGGAAGUUUGCUGGAGAUAUGAGGCGGAUUGGGGAGAAUUGGAUGCCGGGGGUUACAAAUCUCUGA